UUGAAGCACAGUGAUGUUUCACCGGCGUAUUACGAGGAAAUGUCGUGUUGCUUCCUCUAAUUGUGGGAGAGGCCACAGAGUUAAAACAGAAGUUGAAGGAGGGUCGGUGAAGACCAGUGAAACCGAAAAAAAAACACCAAGAAGAAACAUUUGGUGUCUGAGGGACAUUCAUUGGGUUCCUUGACACACAUGGAUUCUCUGGUCUUCCUCCUCCUCUUCUUCUCCAGCUUUCCAGGUGCUGCCGCUGUGAAGACGUUGGCAUGGUUAAACGCACAGAGAGGAGGAUCCGUCACCAUCCCAUGUUUCUACCACCAGGAGUACAGGGGUAGUGUGAAAUACUGGUGUAAAGGGAGUAAACAAACUCCUAUGGUACGCACCGACUCCUCACAGAGAAAUGAUCAGGUGUCAAUCAGCGAUGACCCCGCACACCUAGUUUUUUACGUGACCAUGAGGAACCUGGAGCAGGAGGACACUGACAUUUACUGGUGUGCCAUCAAGACAAAUAAAGAGAAGGAUGUUUUUGCAGUUCUCGACCUCAAAGUUCUUGCAGGUGGUCAGAGGGUGUGGACUGAGAGCUGGAUGUCAGCAGAGGGAGGAGGAUCUGUCACCGUCCCAUGUUACUAUGAUCAGAGAUAUAAACACCAUGUGAAAUACUGGUGUAAAGGGUUUAUAUGGGAACUCUGCUCCAUAUUAGUACGCACCGACUCAGCACCGAAUAAAGGUGACAUGUCCAUCACUGAUGACCCCGACCGGCUGGUCUUCACCGUGACCAUGAGGAACCUACAGGAGAAGGACACUGACUGGUACUGGUGUGCUGUGGAGAUUGGUGACACAGCAGAUUAUGGUGCAUUUCUGCCUGUAAUAGUUAGGGAAGAAAUAGAUUUUACUUCAGUUGUACAACACAGUGAAGAUGGGCCUUCGAGAUCAAACCAUCCCCCUACUGAGGCUAUGAAUACAACUGAUGGAAGUUCCAAACCUGCUGAUUUACCAAAGGGGCGCACUCUGGAUGUGUUGAGGCACAGUGUUUUAGCUCUGGUCUACCUGAUCUGCACCAUCAUCGCCAUGAUUAAGACUUGGAUCUACUGCAGAAAACAUCCUGUAGUAACAAACAACACCGUAAAACCUUCAGCAUUUUAAUGAGUAAAAAUACUUUACUUGUUCCGUGUGUUACUGUAGUGGACUUGCAACUGAAAGUCAAAGGUUUGAAUCCCUUUUCCCUCCGCAACAUCACUGAUCAAAGUAUCCUGAAUCCUUUGUCUAAUUUGAAUUCUAGAAAGGCUCUAUUUUUAUUUCUAAUAAAUUCACUGUUAAGCACAUCCUUUGGUGACCAGAUGUCCAUCCCUGUUCACAAUGUUCAAUAAAGAGGUCAAUACCCGAGUAAAAAAA